CUGCUGCAUUCUUUUUUAUUGCAAAUAUAUGUAAGAAUGAGACUUAUUUUGCUAUACUUUGUUAGAUUUUCUUAAUUGCAAAUAAAUACGUGUUACUUUGUAAUGCAAAUUAGUGCAACUGAAAAGAAUAAGUCUUUCAUGUUGCAACUGCACUUUGUGUAGUUAAACUAAAGUUGAUGCAUAGUUUAUAAAGAUGGCGGUUGCACAGUGAGUCAUUCGCGCGACACCGAGAGUGGAGAGGUGUGAACGGUUGUCAACAGUUGUCAAACAAGCAGUGAGAUUUCUGCUCCGCCAAACGAUUUAAACCAGUUAAGUGAAUCAAACGCUCCGUGGUCGGUUAUAAGCAACCACUUUCUUCUCUCUAAUGUAAACCAGGUGUGCCAGAUAGCGAUUCGUGAAGUGUGUCGAAGAUACGGGUACAGCACGAUUCGGAAGUUGCCAAACGUCACUGUCACGCUUUUUCUGCUCGCCCGCCCAGGAACACAAGACGUUGAUGAAUGUCUGAGAGUGAUUACGACUCGGCAAACGAAUACACAAGCCUGAUGGACGGUCACGUCGCGGAGUCUCGCACGGACGACCUGAUCUUGGUCAACGAGCGUCGAAAGGCACGCUCUAGAAUUACCAGUGAAGAAGAAAAUGGAGUUCCUGAGGUAAACAUCGAAGUGCCAAGUUCCACUGUCACACGAUCAACUGUCACACGAUCGACUGUCACACGAUCAACUACAGCAAGAAGCGCGUCUGACAGUAGUAAUCAUAGUAGACUGAGGCUAGAAGAGGAGGAAGAACUGAAGUAUGGUGCGGCACAUGUGAUCAAACUCUUCGUCCCUGUUUCACUGUGUAUGCUGGUUGUAGUGGCUACUAUUGGUUCUGUGAAUUUCUACACAACUAAGGGAAUGUACUUAGUAUACACCCCAUUUCACGAGGACAGUUCUGACACAAGUACCAAAGUAUGGCAGGCAUUUGCCAAUUCGUUGAUUCUCAUGAGCGUCAUUGUGUUCAUGACUGUGAUACUUAUUCUCCUUUACAAAUACAAGUUCUAUAAAGUCAUACAUGGAUGGUUGAUCAUAAGUUCUUUGCUGUUGCUUUCUAUGUUUUCUAUCUUAUAUUGCGAACAAGUAUUGAGAGCAUAUAACAUUCCAAUGGAUUUUAUCACACUAAGUAUAGGAUUAUGGAAUUUUGGUGUAGUUGGUAUGAUAUGUAUCCAUUGGCGAGGACCAUUGCAACUUCAACAGGCAUAUCUGAUCUUCAUUUCUGCCUUGAUGGCUCUUGUUUUUAUCAAGUAUUUGCCCGAAUGGACAGCCUGGGUUGUGCUUGGUGUUAUAAGUAUUUGGGAUCUGAUUGCGGUCUUAACACCAAAGGGCCCAUUGAGAAUACUAGUCGAAACAGCGCAGGAACGGAACGAGUCCAUUUUCCCCGCUCUCAUAUAUUCAUCCACAAUGUUGUACACAUUCACUGUGACGUAUGCUGGAUAUGUGCAGGCAGCCACGAUGGCUGGCAGUGAUGCGACGUCGGGAGAGACCACAGCGUCGGGAGAAACCACGACGUCUCCUACGCGCGAUCGAACGGGAAAUCAAUGUAGUUACGCAUCGGGCGACACGGAGGAGGAAGGUUUCACCACUGAAUGGGUGGAAACGCAUGGUGAACGUAGCGCAAGACGCGCACGAGAGGUACGCGAGAACUAUGAUGCGGUCGUUGAGCCUGCCAGAAGACAGCAGCAGAACCAUCCGUUGGAGUUGCAAGGAGUAAUAGCAAUACCAGUUCCCAUAGAGGAGCGCGGAGUCAAGUUAGGUCUCGGUGACUUUAUAUUCUACAGCGUGCUCGUCGGAAAAGCGUCCAGUUACGGCGACUGGAACACUACGUUGGCUUGCUUUGUCGCUAUUCUUAUCGGCCUCUGUUUGACGCUGCUGCUGCUGGCUAUAUUCAAGAAAGCGCUACCCGCGUUACCGAUUUCCAUCACGUUUGGUUUGACGUUUUACUUCGCAACACGUGUAAUCGUCGCACCGUUCGCGGAUAGUUUAGCGAGCGAGCAAGUGUUCAUUUAAAAAUCUAAGUAAAUAUUAUAUUAUUGUUGAGCGUAAUUUAUUGCUGGAAUUGAAUAUCGAAGGACAAUGCCUGUUUACUUACCUAUUGGGUAUCAUACGCAAUGUUCGAUUAUAUUUCUUCACUCGAUUCUUCAAAUUAUUUAUGUAUAUAUGUGUGUAUGUGCAAAAGCAACUAAUUUCUGUAUGUAAAUUUUUAGACUGAGUAAAUCAAGAUACGCGUAUAUUGUAAAAAAUUGGACAGUAUAUACAUUUUUUAAUAGAUAUUCUCCAGGGAGUUACACACAUAAAUAUAUGUAUAUGUAUAUAUAUAUAUAUGUGUGUAUAUAAUAUAUAUAUAUAUAUAUAUAUUUCAAAUACACAUAUUGCGAAAUGCUCAGAAAAAAAGGAAAAUAAUCUAGACUUGUAAUUUAGGGAAAUGCAAAGCAUAUAUAUAUAUAUAUAUAUAUAUAUAUAUAUAUAUAUAUAUAUAACACAUAUAAAGUGUAGUUAUUUAGUAUUUUUCUAUGUGAAAAAAGUAAGUUUAUGCGAGACACGAAUGUUCAAAGUGGUAAUACGUUGUCGCAGCGUGAUAUGUGAUACAUAAACAGAAGAAUGCGCUGCAUUAUAACAAUUUAUUGUACUCCAUUGUUACACUUACAGAACAUAGGUCUCGUAGAUCAAGUAUAAAAAAGCGGAUAACGACGAUGAUUGUUCUUUCUCUCUCUUUCUUUCUCUGUCACUUUCUUUCCCGCUUUCUAUCUUUUCCUUGAAAAUUGUAUGAGGUAAUGUCCGUAAGUAACUGCCUCCGUAUAACAUCUUGAUACACAUACUUGAUACCUUGAUACUUGAUAAUACGCACUUCUCAUGAUGUUUGUGCUGGAGCGCCGUGUUUAUUACUAUUACUACCUAGCCAGGAUGAUUUUCUCCUCCCACUUCUCUUGGGGUUUUCGAGUCCGGUUAUACACAGCCAUGGAAUAAAUAUUUGCUUUUUUUUUCCUUUAACUACGAAAAGCAUAUUUAUCGUACUUGUGGCGCUUAGUCGUUAUAAUUUACUUUAUAUGGUACUAAACAGUAGCAGCGUUCGAAGCUGAAAGUGCGUAAUUCUCAAUAUCCCCUUUUUCUUUACUUUCCCCAUCUUAUCCAUCAAUUGAUCGGAAUAUAACAAGGCUGAAUACCCCUGGCUAUGUAAUUAAGGAAGCCGUUUUACAUAAUUUCGAAUAUCUCUAAAGUCUUUCGCAUACCGAUGAAAGAAGCGUUUUGGUAAUCGUUAAUACUUAAUUCGCACGAGCCAAUUUGACCAGUCGUCAUUAAUAGCAAUGCGGCAACACUUUCGCGAAAUCGAUAAUUGUCAUAUAAUAAUAAUAAUAUAGUAAUAAUAUAAUAAUAUAAUAAUAAUAACAUAUGAUCGCACUUUGGUUUAAUAUUAUUCAAAUAAAUGCCGAUGAUUGCAUAACGGUUCCAACUUUAA